AGUUCAGCGAUGACCUCACAAGAGUCCCCACUCUCUCUCCCCUUCCGGCUAUAAGUAUUCUUUUCCUCGUCUCGCCUGCCUCAGCACAUCCACAGCUCGCAUUGCAUCAAAUGGAGGCCAUCGAGGAUGUCGUGAUCAUCGGCGCCGGAAUAGCUGGGCUCGCAACAGCUUUGGGACUCCAUAGGAAGGGAGUGAGGAGCUUGGUGUUGGAGUCGUCCGAGUCGCUGAGGGCGGCGGGUUUCGGGAUUACCACAUGGACCAAUGCUUGGAGAGCACUGGAUGCGCUUGGGGUGGGGGACUCUCUUCGGCAGAGUCAUGACCGCAUACAAGGACUGACAGCUACUUCCUCAACUUCUGGAGCGAGAACAUCAAAUUUGGCAUUUGUGGCACGAGGGAAGAUUGGGGAGCAUGAAGUUCGCUGCCUAAGGAGGACUAUAUUGUUGGAAGCCUUAGAAAAGGAGUUACCAGUUGGCACGGUUAGAUACUCUUCCAAAGUUGCUGCAAUUGAGGAGGAUGGCUACUUUAAGCUCCUGCAUUUGGCCGAUGGCUCCAUGCUCAAAACUAAGGUCUUGAUAGGUUGUGAUGGAGUGAAUUCAGUGGUAGCAAGAUGGUUGGGCCUAAAGAAACCCGCAUUUACGGGGCGUUCAGCUUCAAGAGGUUUUGCUGAGUUUCCAAAUGGCCAUGGUUUCAAACCCGAGUUCGCGCAAUACUCUGGAGAAGGCUUUCGUGCAGGUUUAUUGCCUUGUAACGAAAGAAUUGUUUAUUGGUUUUUCACUUGGACUCCCUCUGAGCAAGAAAAGGAAGUGGAAGAAAGUGCAAUGAAAAUGAAACAAUAUAUGUUAAGCAAGUUGAAGCAUUCCAAGGUGCCUGAGGAAUUUAUACAUGUCAUAGAAAUAAGCGAACUCAGCAAUCCGGUCUCAGCUCAAUUGAGAUACAGGUGGCCAUUUUCUUUGUUGUGGGGGAAUAUAAGCAAGGGAAAUGUUUGUGUGGCCGGAGACGCAUUCCAUCCCAUGACACCUGAUUUAGGUCAAGGAGGCUGCUCGGCACUUGAAGAUAGCAUUGUUUUGGCCAGAUGCUUGAGCGAAGCCCUUUUGGCGGAGCACAAUGGAGGAGCUGAAGGAGGGUACGACAAAAUUAAGAAGGGCUUGGAGAAGUAUGCGAGGGAGAGAAGAUGGAGGAGCUUUCAGUUGAUUGCCACAUCUUAUGUCGUUGGUCGUAUACAACAAAGUGACGGUGCAAUCAUGGGUUUCCUAAGGGACAAAUGUUUGUCCGGUACAAUGGCUGGGUUGCUCUUAGAAAGAGCUGAUUUUGAUUUUGGGAAGCUCUAAAGCUAUUAGUAAUUAAUAUUGAGUUCUUUUAUGUCAUAAUGUAACUGGAACUGUGCCAGAAUUAUUAACUGGUAUUUAAUUUAUGCAGCAAAAUUCCGAUGAAAAGCUCUGUUAUUGGGGCGUUAGUAGGCCAA